GCUGCCAGCUCCUGCUGAGGGAAGAGGAGGAAACAUGAGCUCCAGGAAAGUGAUGGCCAUCCAGGCUAGAAAGAGGAGGCCGAAGGGAAAGAAGGAUAAAGCGGGUCAGCAUCGCAGGCCUGACACCCAGCAGAAAGCCCCGGUGAGUGCCCCUCCUCCCCCGCCGCCCCCUCCACCUCCCCCUGAGCCGGCAGGGCCCCCAGAGCCGGAGGAGGAGAUCCUGGGCUCCGACGAUGAGGAGCAGGAGGACCCCGCGGACUACUGCAAAGGAGGGUACCAUCCGGUAAAGAUCGGGGAUUUGUUCAACGGGAGGUACCAUGUGAUCAGGAAGUUGGGGUGGGGCCAUUUCUCCACCGUAUGGCUAUGCUGGGACAUCCAAGUGAAGAACUUUGUGGCAAUGAAGGUGGUGAAGAGUGCUCAGCAUUACACAGAGACGGCCCUGGAUGAGAUCAAACUGCUGCGAUGUGUGAGAGAGAGCGACCCCAGUGACCCCAACAAGGAUAUGGUGGUACAGCUGAUAGAUGACUUCAAGAUUUCUGGAGUCAAUGGCAUACAUGUUUGUAUGGUGUUUGAGGUGCUGGGUCACCACCUGCUGAAAUGGAUUAUUAAAUCCAACUACCAAGGUCUCCCGCUGCCGUGUGUCAAGAGCAUUAUCAGACAGGUCCUGCAGGGUCUGGACUACCUCCACACAAAGUGUAAAAUCAUCCACACAGACAUAAAGCCAGAGAACAUCCUGAUGUGUGUAGAUGACGUGUUUGUCAGGCGUAUGGCCAUGGAAGCUACAGAAUGGCAGAAAGCUGGAGCGCCACCACCAUCUGGAUCAGCAGUUAGCACAGCCCCCCAGCUCAAACCGGUGAGUACAACAGAUGUUGGAAAGAUCUCCAAGAACAAGAAGAAGAAGCUGAAGAAGAAACAGAAGCGGCAAGCCGAGCUGCUGGAAAGGCGGAUGUUGGAGAUCGAAGCCCUGGAGAGAGAGGCGGAGAAGAGAGAGGAGAGAGCCAAAGAAGGGGGCGAGAAGGUGCCACUCGAACGCAACCUGCCUUCACCGCUGCAGCCGCCGGCACCGCCUCCGGGCCACAGCACGUCCCUGGGAGACAGCGAUGAUGACGACGACGAUGAGGAGGACGGGGAGGACGAGGAGGACGAGGGAGCAGAGAGGCCUGUCAGGCUGACUAAUCACACAUGUGCAGCCCCUCCCCAGGAGCAGAGUGAGGCAGCCCACAUCACCGAUGAUGACCCUGAGGAGGAGGUGGAAGAAGAAGAUGAACCCACGCCUGUCGCUGAAAAAGAUGCCCCUAUUCCCCCUGCCUCAGAGGAAGGCAGCAGAGAUCCAACACAAGCAGAGGUAGAGCCAGAAGAGGCAGAGGAGGAAGAGGGAUUAAAAGGGACAGAGAAUGAGAAUGAGGAGGAGGAGGAAACAGAAGAGAAAGUAGACGAAGAAGAGGAGGAGGAGGAGGAGGAGGAGGAAGAAGAAGAAGAAGAAGAGGACAAAGAGACAGAGGAGCCAAAGAGUGAGAGCAAAACAGAGCAGGAGGUGUUGGUGGUGGUGGAAGAAGAGGCCUCAAAGAAGCAGGAGGGCGAGGAGGAGGAUGAAGAAGACGAAGAGGAGGAGGAGGAAGAGGAGGAGGAAGAUGAGGAUGAUGACACCACUACUGACCUCCUCACAGAUAACACCUCCCCCAUCAAACCCCACAACAAUAAAACCAAUUCAGUCAAAACCAACGGCCAUGUUUUGUUAGGCUCUGAGGGACUGAAAGCAAACCCAGGCACGCCUCCACCUCCUUCACCCACCCCAGAGCCUCUUCUCUGCCCCCUGGUGGAGUCUGAGCUCAGCUACACAGACAGGGACAACUCUCUCAGCUCUGGCUAUGAGAUGUAUAACGGCGAACUGGGAGAGCCAGGACUCACCAACGGCUCCAGUGAGCGGCAUCUAGGUACAAUUCCCAUCUUUCCUGACUUGCCUCUGGAUCCUGAGCCAGGAAACCCCAUUUGCGUUGGUACAGCAGACAUCGAAGCUGGACCUUCACCCAACAGCCCCACUGCAGACCGCAGUCGCACUGUGUCAUCCUCAAGCACGGGAGACACACCGAAAGUCAGGGCCAGAGCUGCAGAUCUUUUGAUCAACCCUCUAGAUCCCCGCAACGCAGAAUCUAUUCGAGUCAAAAUCGCUGAUCUUGGAAACGCAUGCUGGGUGCAUAAGCACUUUACAGAGGACAUCCAGACCAGACAGUACCGCUCCAUUGAAGUCCUCAUAGGAGCUGGUUAUAGCACUCCUGCUGACAUCUGGAGCACUGCCUGCAUGGCAUUUGAGCUGGCCACCGGAGAUUACCUGUUUGAGCCCCACUCCGGAGAAGACUACUCCCGCGACGAGGACCACAUAGCUCACAUCAUAGAGCUGCUGGGCUGUAUUCCGAGGCACUUUGCGCUCUCUGGAAAAUAUUCCCGGGAGUUCUUCAACAGAAGAGGUGAACUGCGGCACAUCACCAAGCUGAAGCCAUGGUCCCUGUUUGAUGUGCUGGUGGAAAAGUACGGCUGGUCGCACGAAGACGCCGGUCAGUUCACUCACUUCCUUCUGCCCAUGCUGGAGAUGGUGCCUGAGAAGAGGGCCUCGGCCGGGGAAUGCCUCAACCACGCUUGGCUCAACUCCUAGCCACAAACACUGAUCAAAGCCCUCCUCCUCUUCCUUCCUACCCCCACCCACCUGACAGUUGGCCCAAACAUCACCCCCUGGUGGCAGCCUUUGGAACCCCAAUGUGGAGAGAAGCUGGCAACAGAUGAGGACUUCCUUCCUGCAUUAUCCCACAUAUCCAUUUCGUGCUUACCUGACUCUGCUUAACUUCCACAUUUCUUUUCCCAAACGGAAUGUAAAGACAAGCUUGUGGAGAUAACAUGAGAAAAACAAUCAGACUACUGGAGGAUGAAUUCUGCCUACUUUGUGAAAGGGAGAAGUCAGGCUCUGCCUGAAAGAAAUGUGCUUUCUAAUUCUUUUCUGCUGUAAAGGUGCCAGCCAGUCUUACAUCUGUCUCUCUUCCUAAUUACUUUUGGGGUUUUUUUAUUCUGUCUUGGGCCAUGGACAGCUGCUGAUCUUCUCAGUAUUGUGAAAGAAAAGUCAACAAGUAGCCUUGAUCCACUGCUGCUGGCCCACAGCUCCGUCUGCCAUGACCUUUACACAGCGAGGGCCUCAAACUCAGAUGAGUGUGUGUGUCUUACUGAGCAUGUGUGAAAACGAGCGUAUGUGCCUGCGCUUAAGACCUGCCUACACAGACCCUUCUCUUUUUCCCCCAACCCAGCUUCCUUUCCUGACCAUGGAAGAAGUACCCAUAUCAGACUCAAAGUUUACACCCUCAUUUCUUCCAAGAAUCCAGUCCCAAAAUACCCAUCUGACCUGUUUGCUUCCCCACAUUGCCCCCUCCUAAAUGAGCUUAUUUCUCCUGCCAGGGGGCCGCUGCAGAGAACUGGAGGGCAGCCAGUCCUCCAGGGGGCACCACACUGACAGUUGCCAUUCUGAUAAAGAAGGAGCAAAAAUACAAUCAGUUUAACAAAGAGGAGGACAGCUUGGUCUUUAAAGACUAUGCAUGGAGACUGAUGGACCAGCAUGAAGGGAUAUGACAGACAAAUGAUGGAUGCUUUCUUUGGUUUGUGCGUUACGCCGGUUUGUUUCCUGUUUCAACACACUUUUCGGACAUUCUGUUAGAAAGAUUUACAUUAGGUUAGGAUGUUUUGGUGCCCCCUCUGAUGAAGAUCACUACUUUACAGUCUCCUUCUCCUCCACCAGCUUUUGACAUUCCUAAAUCUUGAUCCAUCAUUCCUCGUCUUUUUAUUCCCGAGAACACUUCUGUUAACUCCUACUGUGGCACGUUUACCAGAACUUAUUGGUACUAUUCCCUCCCUCUGCCCCCUGUAAAGAAACCCUUUCAUCCCUGAGCUUCUCCAGAAAUGGGAUGGUCACGUGGAGGUUGCACUUGUCUUUGUAGAUGUCCUUCAGGGAUUUGAAACCUUUGUACAUAGAACUGAGAUUUGGCAACACAGAUAAGCGACCGUGGACAACGUUUCAACAAGCAAGCAUCAUUCCAGAAAAAAAAAAAAAGAAAAUACAGAGGUGGUUGUUGGCAGAACUUGACUUCCUCUGAUAUAGUGGUGUUUUUUUGGGUGGGCUGCCAUAGUUCAACCCUGCAGGAAUGUUCAGACUGAACUGGGCCACCUGGUGGCUGAAUGAGAGUACUGCAUCGCCACACACUGCUGCUGCUGCUCUCGGUGCCAACACUCCAAGACGUUCCACUGUAUCUCUACUUAAUCUCUAAUGCUCUGUCAAACACACGGACACCACAAACUCGCAUCAUCACAAUUAGUCCAGUUGCCUAUUUUUCGCAAUAAAUGAAAAAAAAAAAAAGAUGAGUAUAAGUAAAUGGUGAGAUAUUUUUAAAAACUAUUUAAUUCAUUUAAAAAAAAAAAUGGAAAAAAAGAAAACUUUUCUCUGGUUGUUGUGACCGUGACAGAAUCUCGUCUUAUACUGAGGUGAUUGUGUUUGUCUAUUAGAGAUGUUUUUAUUUCUUCUUUCAUUACUAUUAUUAAUGAUUAUUAUUAUUAUUAUUAUUAUUAAGUUUGUUUGUUUUUUUACACAGUUUUCACCUCUCCCCUCCCUCCCUACUUGAAUAGUGCUGCUUUGUCUAGGCCCUUGAUGGUAAUGGGAAAAAAAAAAAAAACUGUUUUGCAAUAAAGGAUUUUGUGAUGAGUUUUUUUUUUUUUAAUCAUUUUAUUUUGUUUAUUUUUCACCAAAACCUCCUGAACUCACUCUUUCAGCCAUGCUGACUGUUCUUCCUGAUGACAGAAUCGCGUCUUGUCUGUUUUUCAUUGACAGAUUUAAUAAAAUUGUAAAUUAAUGGA